GAUGCAGCAUUAUCUCAUAAAAUAGGACUCUUGUAGACACAAUUCAACAACAUUAGCGGGUCCAUUAUUGGGUAUAUUAGCAUUUACUAAUUAACAUUCUCUACACGUACAACUACAAAAGGUAAAAGUCCACAAAACUGCGGACCGGACUCGCAGCGCUACUUUCGCUCCCUCAUGAGGAACUCAAAGUCCCAGAGUUCACCAGUGAAGAAGAAACCAACAUGGCGGCGGCGUCCAGCGACACGCGCGCGGCCAUGGAGCGCUCGGUUCGGGAGCGGGUCCCCCCGCUGCUCACCGACCUGUACCAGUUCACCAUGGCGUACGCGUACUGGCGGACCGGGCGGCACCAGGAGCCCGCCGUGUUCGAGCUCUUCUUCCGGGACAACCCGUUCGGCGGCGGCUUCUCGCUGUUCGCGGGGCUGCACGACUGUCUGCUGUUCCUGCGAACAUUCCGCUUCACGGACGAAGAUGUGGAGUUCCUGCGCUCCGUCCUGCCCCCCGCCACCGACCCGGCCUUCUUCCAGUUCCUGCGGGGCCUGGACUGCUCCGGCGUCACCCUCCGCUCCGUCCCGGAGGGCUCCGUGGUGUUUGCCAGGGUGCCUCUGAUGGAGGUGUCAGGUCCGCUAGCUGUGGUCCAACUGCUGGAGACCAGUUUGCUGUGUCUGGUCAACUAUGCCAGCCUGGUGUGCAGCAACGCUGGCCGUUUCCGCCUGGCGGCCGGCCCCAGGAGGAAGCUGCUGGAGAUGGGCCUCCGCAGGGCCCAGGGCCCAGAUGGAGGCCUCACCGCCUCGCGGUACACACACGUUGGAGGGUUCGAUCUCACCAGUAACGUUCAGGCCGGUUUCCUGUACGGGAUCCCGGUCGCGGGGACCAUGGCGCACUCAUACGUCACCUCCUUUUCCUCCCUGGAGGAGGUCCGGCCACAAACCCUUGUGGCGCGGAAUGGGGACCCUGAUCCGGUGGACGUCAUUUCGCUGACGAAGGGCUGGUUGAGGCGCGUGUGUGAGCUGCUGGGAGGCGAGCCGGGGAAGAUCAGCGAGGGCGAGUUGGCGGCCUUUCUGUCCUACGCCAUUGCCUACCCUCAGAACUUCCUGCCUGUGAUUGACAGCUACAGUGUUGGCCGUGGCCUGUUGAACUUCUGCGCCGUGGCCUUGGCUCUGUGCGAGCUGGACUACAGGCCUGUAGGAGUUCGCCUGGACAGCGGGGACCUCUGCAGGCAGUCGGUUGACGUCCGCCGCGUCUUCAGACUCUGCAGCGAGCACUUCUCUGUCUCCGCCUUUGACUCGCUGAUCAUCGUUGGGACCAACAACAUCACGGAGCAGAGCAUGGUGGAGCUCAACAAGAAGGAGAAUGAGAUCGAUGUGGUUGGAGUCGGAACACAUCUGGUCACCUGCACGCGGCAACCCUCGCUGGGCUGCGUGUAUAAGCUGGUGGAGGUGAGGGGGAGACCCAGGAUGAAGAUCAGCGAGGACCCCGAGAAGAGCACCGUCCCCGGGAGGAAAGCCGUCUACAGGCUGCUGGACGCUGAGGGCCACCCUUUUCUGGACCUGGUGUGUCUCGCUGUGGAGUCUCCUCCAGAGGCAGGAGUCUCUCUGAGCUGUUACCCUCUGAUGUGUGAUGACUCCAGACUCUCAGUCAUUCCUGCUCAGGUCACCUGUCUGCGCCAGGAGGUGUUCACCAAAGGGCGGGUCACACACCCUCUGAGCAGCGCUGCAGAAACCAGAGUGAAGGUCCAGACUUCCCUGCAGACUCUGCACCCUCGACACAAGCGGCUGCAGGAGCCAGACUCCUACGGAGUGGCGCUGUCAGAGGAGCUCCAUCACCUGCUCACAGAGAUCCGAAAAGGAAGCUCCAACAACAGCAGCUUUCUUCUGGCCAACUGAAUCCAUCUGUCUUUUUAGUCUUUUUUUUUUUAACGACACUCUUUUCCAAAGUGCCUCACGGGGAGAGAAGCGCAUACGUUAGUCGUCCGCGUUCCCGAUGAACUGCACCAUAACGCUGACGUUGAUGGAAUACGCAAAUACGAAUAUCUGCACAACCGGGUUGAGAUGAGCAGAACGUGACUUUGUACUUUUGAAAAGUCCAGAGUGGACAGAUGGAAGCAAAUGAAAAUACAGCAUCUGGACUGUGGUUGGAUGUCUUCAACCAGAAACUGCGGCGCAAUUUUAAUAGAUGGAUAAUAAAAAGGUGGAGCACAAUUCGUCCCGCUUUCUACAUUGAAACCAGGGCAGAAUCAGAAGAAGCGCUUUAAUAAGGUAUUAAACUGCCUGAAAUGUAUUUAAAAGUAGCUCACUUUUACUUAAGCCUUAGGUACCAAUAAAACAAUGGUUUAAAAUAA